AUGCUUGCCUCUGAUUUAAAUAAAAGCAAAUUGCGACCUAGACUCAAGGUUGUUUCUACCAAAUACUCUCAAUCAACACCUACCACAACACAUGUAUACCAAGAGGACAGCGAUCCACCCUAUUCUCCUGCCGAUUCAUCUAGCUCUUUCAUGUCGUCCGUCUCUGGUAUUGCUGAGAAAUCAGCCUCAGAAUUGGGCUCGUUACUCAAAAAUGCAUAUAAAUCGCUUAGAGAGAAGGAGAAAAAUUUGUUGUUGGCUGCAGAAAUAGGGAAAUCGCUGCUAGAACAUAAUCAGAAUCUGAAAUCUGACUACGACAAACUACUACAAAACGCAAAAAAUUGUCAAUUCGAUACUCGACAUGAGCAUCAAGAAUACGAAAACAACAUGCGACUUAUUUCAAGCAAAAAAGCAUAUGAUGCCAUCAUUGAGUCGCUGGAACGCAAGAAUCAAGACCUUGAACAUAUGCUAGAACACACACAGCAGCAUUUUGAAUUAACCAAUCAAACCAACUUACAAAAGCAACGGAAACUAGAAGCAGAAAUUGAAACUUUGAAGGACAAUUUGGACUUGGCCGCACAAAAGGUACAAGACUUGGAAGAGAGUAGACUAUUCCAACAAGAAAGAGCCAGACAAUUAGACGAAAAAAGAGAUUAUGAACAGCAACAGAACGAAGAUUUAGAAUUGCUGGAAGAACUCACCAUCAAGAUGGAGGAGCUAUUCAUUGAAAACAAGCAUUUACAGCUAUCCAAAAAAGCCGUUGAGGAAAAGUUGAUUAUAUCACUAAGAGAUUUGGAUUCCCUUCGUCGUGAUUUCGAGAACUUUGAACUGACAAAUCAGUGCUACGAACAACUGCAGGAAGCAUUCGAAAGACAGACCAUUCACAUCAGGGAACUGAACGACAGUCUGGAAGAUCAUCGACUUGUCUUGUCAUCACUACGAGACAAAGGGUUAUGGUCACCGCAACAAUCAAAUACACCAAGCGUAUCAGGCCAUCAUUCUGUGUUCUCAACAUGUGUUUCAAAACAGAGUCUCAUGGGCGAAUUGGAAAACGCUUGGUCCAAGCAUUGCUUGACGAAAAGUAAAUCCGAUAGCAAUCUGUCCACGUUGUCAGGCAAAUUAUUCGAUCUCGCUAGUAUAACAGAACGUAACCUUACCUCAUUUUAUACCGCUCCUGCCGACUAUGCUCUAGGAACAAUCCUUUCGACUAUGGGUGUUGAUGAUCGCAGUAUGUUGGAUGAAGCAGAACAUUUUUUAGCAGCCUCUGCAACGAGCACAGAUGACUUGUUUGGACCUGAAGGCACAGUUAAUCUGUACAAGGAAGUUGAUUUAUACCCCAAUUACCACUCAUUACCAUCAUUGACAACCACCUCCACCAAAUUACAAUAUGAAGAUCAACCCAAGAAGGGUCUUAUUAACCACAUCCUGUUUCAAAUCCGCUAUGUAUUUCGCUCAAUAUUCCGUUGGUGUCGCUUUGCCAUCAUUCUGACCACUGCUAUUUUUAUCAACUUAUGGAAAGGACCUGACUUACUUUUGGAUAAGCAAUACUGCUAA